UUAGACGCUUUCUGUGACCGAUAACUUAUCUAGAAACCUGUGUUGUUUUGGGUCUUUUUCAAUGACUCAGCCGUGUUUCUGCGCCGAUAUUCGAUGGAUUCAUAGAUCAUCAAAGUCCUCUCUUCCCUCUGCUGAAGAACUGACAGGAGCGGACAGCUGAGCGUAAUCCUCCGCCGAGCAGAUGCUCAGUGCGCUGAUAUGUAGGACAUGCUCACAGGUUUGAUCUCUCUCUCUCUCUCUCUCUCUUUCUGUGUGUAAUGUGUAGAGCCGACGGUCUUUGGAGCAGUAAUCCUGGGCUCUUACACCCAGGCCCUCGGAGGCCCUGAGUGUCAGCAACACAUUUUUCUCUCCCACACACACACACACACACAUUCAAACACACACACACACACACACAGGCAGCAGCAUCAGUGACACCUCAGAGCUAAAUUUACCACGAGUGACAGCGACAGGUGACCGGACUCCUCCACAGGCCUCGGACACAGGAGGUCACAGGGUAUGAGACUGUGAGUGUGUUGAUGGGACGGAGGGGGCGGUGUUUGAGCGUCAGGGUCUGAUGAGUGUAACCUACCUCGGCUCAGUGCGGAGUGAUCUCAGAUCCAAACGCAGCCCAGUUCUGGGUUUCCCUCUUCUAAGCCAGCUGGUCUGGCUUAAUAUCACUUCUUUUACCCUUUUUGUUUUUUAAAAAAAAAAACAUCCUUUCUUGUUUGAUACAAGGGAUUGACUGACUGACAAAACCCACAGCUGGAGCUGCAGGGGAAACUUCCAGGUGAAGGCAGAACAAAAAGUACUGGUGCGCGCUGACAGAAGCGCGUGCGGCAGGAGAGCCACCGCUGGACGGAGAGACGCAGGAGAUAAAAACAGACAUGCGGAACUGAGAGAGAGAGAGAGAGGAGCCAGCAGUUUGGGAUUGAAAAGUGAAAAACCGUGAGGAGUUGAAAGUCAAUCAAAAGGAGCCAGAAGAGAAGACGUUUGUGAAUAAAAAAAGAGGGAAAAAACAACGAAAAAAUAGCGAAGAUGGGGAGAAAAAAGAUUCAGAUAGCGCGGAUUAUGGAUGAGCGCAACAGACAUGUGACAUUCACCAAGCGUAAGUUCGGUCUGAUGAAGAAAGCGUACGAGCUGAGCGUGCUGUGCGACUGCGAGAUCGCCCUCAUCAUCUUCAACAGCACCAACAAGCUGUUUCAGUACGCCAGCACCGACAUGGACAAAGUUCUGCUCAAAUACACAGAAUACAACGAGCCACACGAGAGCAGGACCAACUCCGACAUCGUGGACACGCUGCGUAAAAAAGGUUUAAACGGCUGCGACAGCCCCGACAUCGAGGCCGACGACUCUGCUGGCCAGAGCCCAGAGUGCGACGACAAAUACCGGAAGAUCAACGAAGACAUUGACCUGAUGAUCAACAGACAGAGAAUCUGUCAGGGUCUGCCCCCCUCCAACUACGACAUGGGGGUGUCCAUCCCCGGCGGUAACCCCACCGGUAUGCUGUACUCCCACCCAGGCAUAGGGGGCGCUCUAGGUAACCACAACCUGCUGCCCCUCUCACACACACACCCCUCCCUGCAGAGGAACAGCAUGUCCCCUCAGCGGCCCCCCAGCACAGGAAACGCAGGACUGAUGGGUUCAGAGCUGCCGAGCACCGUGGUCUCCAGUGUGGGAAACGGCAGCUACAACAACCACUGCACCUCCCCCGGACUGAUGUCUCCAGGAGGAGUCUCCAAAAACCUGCAGGAUAAGAGUCCUCCGAUGGGCAUGAGCCGCAAGCCUGACCUCCGGACACUGAUGCCCCCCUCCAACAAGUGCAACAACAUGCCAACUAUUAACCAGAGAAUAAAUCACUCUCAGACCGCUCAGACGCUGACGACUCCUGCUGUGUCCAUCUCGGCUCAGACUCUACCCGGACAGGGAAUGGGUGGCUAUCCUUCAUCUCUCUCCUCUUCUUACGGCACGGAAUUCUCCCUCGGCGGCGACUUGUCCUCUCUGUCUGGAUUUGGAGGUUCUGGUCUUGGAUCGGUGACGAACUGGCAGCAACAGCAGAUACAGAAUCUGCAGCACUCAGCGCUGGGACACAUGGGAAACAUGUGCCAGAACUCGAACCUGAACCUCCCCUCGGGUCACCAGAACCUGCACAUCAAGUCCGAGCCCGCCUCCCCUCCGAGAGACCGGAGCGUCGGCAUGAUGGGCACGGGACUCGGAGGCGGCAUACCAGGAUACUCCAACGCCGGCCGGGGCCCCAACGAAACGGGCCGCUCCCCCGGCGACAGCGCGUCCAGCUGCGGGAGCUCGUACGAGGGCAGCGAGGAGCGUGAGGAUCACCACGGGAACGACAGCUUCCUCCUGCGGCCUCUGACCAGUCAGGACGAGCGUCACAGCCCGUCAGUAAAACGGAUGAGGCUAUCGGAGGGCUGGGCCACAUGAUGGGAGCCAGUCUGCAGCCAAGAGCGGACGGGGUUGUUAGAAAAGUUACCUUAUAGUGUUAUUAUUAUUAUUAUCAUAUUCUCUUGUACUGAGUGGGUGUGCUAUAUGUGUAACUUGUACGUGAGGGGAGCCGAGUCAGACGGUGUCAGUCAGGUUUAUAUGGAUACAGUGAUGUUCUGCUGUAUUUACAACAUGUACUGUAGCUAGACUUGUACACUAGAGGAAUGACUCCACGGAGAUCUGGCUGAUGGUCAAAACUUGUAAGAAACGGUUUUAAGAUGCUCCAAAACUUUGACGUACGAGUUGAAAAAACUUUUGAGUAGAAGUAGGAUUUAGGAGAUUUGUCAAUCAAUCUUUAUUUUUCCCAAAGAGGAAGCAGCCAAGUGACAUUUGUCAGUGAAAAACAGAAACAACAACUCCAACACAAUCAUCACCAAACCAUCUGAAAGCAAAAUAGAAAGAUAUAAGAAGAAUCCCCCACAGAUCGGACUGAGACAGAGUCAUCCAAAGCCUGAAACAUUUCUACAUGUAAGGGAAUAGUUCAUUUUGGGAAUUUUCGAUGAGAAAAUUGAUAUGACUCUCAUAUCUGUCUGUUAAAUAUGAAGCUACAGCCAACAUCUGGUUAGCUUAGCAUA